UUAAAUGAAAAUACAUUCCUUUAAAUAAUGAUCAUAAUAAUAAUAAUAAUAAAAAGAUGUUCUCGUAAUUAUCGUAAAUCACAUUUGUGAACUCGUAAAUCUUUAAUAUCCUUAUCUCGGAUCUAUAAAAGUGAUAUUUACAUUUAGAAAUCCACAAUAGAAAUGAUGUUACGAGAGUUGACCGGAGAUAUCACUGCGCAUGUCACCCUUCCACAAUAAAAGAAAAAAAAACUAAGGAGGGUAAGUUAAAUGACAAACGUUUAAAAUAAUUAUACUUAAACGUUACUACAAUAGUAAGACGACGAAUCGAUUAAAAAAAAAAAAAUUAAUUCACCCUUUCAAACAUGCAGUGAAUAUGAAAUUGCUCAUUUACAGGAAAUGUUUCAAAGUAACUAUUAUAACAAUAAUAUUUAUUGGCGAUUCGAAUAACUGCAUUUAUUUCACGUGAACGAACGAACAAACGAACGAUAGAAAAAAAUAAUAAACGUGUGGGAUAUUUUAAAAAUGAUCGGUCUUAGAAAAUACAUAAAACGAAUGUUCACUUUUGAACUACUUUGUUGGCGUUAUAAGUUCAUGUUAUCUUUAAUAGGCUGUUGGCCACCAUUAUAUGUUAAAAAACAAAUAUUUAAAAGAUUAUUCGUCAAUAUAUGUUUGACUAGUUUGAUUUUAAUUCAGGUAUUUGCUCUUUUCACUUCGGCAAACGAAAUCGAUACAAUUUUGGAAAUAAUGACUUAUCUUUUACCAAUCCUUGGUAUGGACACCCCAUACUUUGCUGUAUAUUUUAAUAUAGAAAAGACUCUCUAUUUUUACAAUCACUGUAUUGCUGAUUGGGAAAAAUUAGAAAAUGAAGAGGAACGUGAAAUUUUUCAAAAAUGUGUCAUAAAUAAUACUUAUUACACUCUUCUUAUAACUGGUAGGAUGAGACAACAAUUUUUUAAAAUUACCCACAUUUUUUUGGAAUCUUAAUUCAUUGCAAAAUAUAAUUAUCAUUAAUUGAUUUAACCAGUUAAGUGUGUUUGACAACUAUAUCAGUCAUGGAGAUGUGGCCAAAAUUAUCUAUUACCGACGUCAUCUAUAUCCGUCAUGCGUAAAAGUUUGUUACAAUUUAAUGUUUAAAUUGUAAUUUUGAUAGCGAAAAUUAAAUUAUAUU